GGUUUUCACGCAUCGUCAAUGGCUUUUUCGAUCAGCCCAGUUGUCGACGUAUCACCGGCAGCUUCGAUAAUGUCAAGUGGUCAUUCAAUGCUACUGGCCAGUGCAAUACGACGGCCCAGGAAAGUGCGAUACAAGGUGCCGUCGCGGAGUACAUUCGGAUUGCGGAGAAUGGGACAGUCUGCGAAAUACAGUGUUUGCGUCUGGAUCAAGGCGGCACUUGGAAUGGGUGGUUGAAGCUGGGCAAGGUCAGCAACUUUAGCGAGGAUGCUUACUGUGGUGUCGGCCUACCUUUCGAUGGAUGUAUCUCUGAUGGAAACAACGACAUUUAA